UUUCAGGGAUGGGACAACUUGUAUUUGUCCCUUUCGCUUCCGCGUCCAAACCCCUUUAAGAAGGAUGAAUGGGCAGGAUGAGUUAGAUUCCUUCGCUGUAUCGUCUACUGAUUCUUAAAAUGUGACAAAAAAUCUGAUUGGACGACUUACAUGGCUUCUGGAGUUACAGUGAAUGAUGAAGUCAUCAAAGUUUUUAAUGAUAUGAAAGUAAGGAAAUCUUCUACGCAAGAGGAGAUCAAAAAGAGAAAGAAAGCAGUUCUCUUCUGUUUAAGCGAUGACAAAAGACAAAUAAUUGUAGAGGAAGCAAAGCAGAUCUUGGUGGGUGACAUUGGUGAUACUGUAGAGGACCCCUACACAUCUUUUGUGAAGUUGCUACCUCUGAAUGAUUGCCGAUAUGCUUUGUACGAUGCCACAUACGAAACAAAAGAGUCUAAGAAAGAAGACCUAGUAUUUAUAUUCUGGGCUCCUGAAAGUGCACCUUUAAAAAGCAAGAUGAUUUACGCUAGCUCUAAAGAUGCCAUUAAAAAGAAAUUUACAGGUAUUAAACAUGAGUGGCAAGUAAAUGGCUUGGACGAUAUUAAGGACCGUUCGACACUUGGAGAGAAAUUGGGAGGCAAUGUAGUAGUUUCACUUGAAGGAAAACCAUUGUAAAAUGACAGUCAAGUGCCAUCUGGAUCUUAAGGAGCUUCCAUUUCUCUAGCUCAGACCAUUGGAAUAGUAUUAGGUUUCGGUUUUUUUUUUUUUUUUCCCUUUUUCCACUGGGCCCUUCCAACAUAAUGAAGGAAGUAUCAUUUAUUUAAGCAGCCUAUCAGUGAUUGCCAUUAGACUGUUUAAUACUGUUACUUUUACGUAGAACCCAAGGAAUGCCUUCCUGUCAUAUUUUAGCCAAAACAACUGGUUAUAUGCCUCCCUUGCAGCAGACACUACAAUGAAUGUGAUCAUCAAUGUGAAUAGCUUAGAAUACUACAAAGGAUAAGCUAACUGAAUGCCUUGAAAGUGUUAUCCACUGGUCAGAUGGUCAACUUUUUUCAGUAUUAUUUGUAGUUGCACUUGUUUGCAGUUCUGUGAGGCUUGUGCAUUCAUACACCUCACCUGCCUUGGCAAGCCUAUUUUUGUGACAUGGCAGCACGGAUAUAACACUAUGCAUUAAAAGCACUUUUUGUAACAAGUUUAAUACCCUAAAAGGAAUGCCAAUUAAGUUUUGUUGACUGUGUCAUCAACUUAUCCUAGUACCUCAGUGUUCAUUCCUGUUAUCUGCAUAUCUUCUUAAAUAGCUGUUAUUAAUGCCUAUUUGUUUUCCAUUGAGUGUACACUACUGAAUAAGUGUAGGAGUUCUAUGUUUACCAUGUGAGUCCUGCAACACUAAAGAUAUUUUGAUUAUCAGUCAUGAUGGCAAUUUCUGUAUAAAAGAGCCUUAAAUGGAACAUUGUUUUGAGAUCAAACUCCCCACCCUCACAAAAAUGGCCACGUUGCAAUAAAAAUUGUGGCAUAUUACAGAA